AUGCUGCAGAGUCUCCGCACCGUCUUUGCCCGGCGUGUAGCUCUGAACCCGCGCCUGUAUCCUGCCCUGAGUUCAGUGGACGGUGUUGUCUGCUCAGGGAAACGCUUCUAUACCCCCUCUAAUGAAAGAAAGAAGUUCUAUGAACAUGUCAGUAUUUCCCAAGGUGAAGGAGGAUUCGAAAUCAACCUGGAUCGCAGGAAGUUAAGAACUCCGCAAGGAAAAGUCUUUGUGGUGCCCAGCGAACCUCUAGCACUUGCUGUGGCCACAGAAUGGGAAAGUCAGAAGGACACAAUAAAAUUCUUCACUAUGCACCUGACCACACUGUGUAACACAGCCUUGGACAACCCAACAAACAGGAAUAAAGAGCAGCUAAUUACAGCCUCACUGAAGUUCCUGGAGACUGACACAGUAUGUUACAGAGUGGAGGAGCCACCAGGUCUGGUCGAGCUACAGAAGAAUGAGUGGGACCCCGUUUUACACUGGGCUGAAAAAAGGUAUGAUGUUGAGAUCGGCUCUUCCACCAGCAUCAUGGGCCCUGUCAUUCCUCCUGAGACCAAAGAGGUGUUCCACCGCCACCUGGCAUCAUACAACUCCUGGGCAUUAUUAGGCAUUGAGUUCAUUACUACACAGCUGAAGUCUCUGGUCCUCUCUAUGGGUCUUCUAGACCGUUUCCUGACUGUGGAGAAAGCUGUAGCUUUAUCCUGCUUAGAGGAAGAGUACCAGAUCCAGCGCUGGGGGAACGUAGAGUGGGCUCACGAUUACGAUUCGCAUGAACUAUGUGCUCGCACCGCUGCAGGAACUUUAUUCAUCCAUCUUUGUUCUUCGAGCUCAUCCAUAAAACACAAACUCUUACAGGACUGA